AUGGCCAGCGGAGGAGCGACGCCGCCGCCGCCGCCUCCUCCCCCGCCGACGCUGCCUCCGACGCCCAGCAGGCCUCCGCCGCCGCCGCCGACGGAGACCCACGCGGCGCCGCUGCUCCCCCCCUCGGGCGCGGGCGCGGGCGCGGACGCGGGGGGGCCGCUGGGGCGGUGGCUGCGCCGCCUGGAGGCGUUCCUGUCGCUCUCGGGGCUGUCGGCGUCGACCCCGCUGGGCGUGGCGUUCGCGGCGUCGGCGCUGGCCGUGGCGGGCCUCGCGCUGCCGGCGGCGGCGCUGGGCCUGUCCCCGUGCCGCGGGACGCGCGCCUGCGACGAGUUCGAGGUGGAGGUGUUCGAGGUCUGCGUGAUGACCUCGCAGGCGGCGGCGGCGGCCGUGGCCGUCGCAUGCGUGUCCAGGAAGAUGGCCAUGUACGGCCUCCGCAAGUUCCUCUUCGUCGACCCGGACCUCGGCAUGAGGAUCCGCUUCCAGAAGGAGUACGUCGCCAGGAUCCAGGAUUUCUUCCGAACACUUAUGUGGUGGAUAUUGCCAUGCUUUGCUGUGAAGCUCACUCGAGAAAUCUUCCGUUUCUCCCACAUGUACCACGAGUCAGUUUGGAGAGCAUGUGCCGUGUUAUUUGCUUCCGUCAUGUCAUGGAUGUAUUUGACGACAAUUGUAUUGUCUUCCUGCAUGCUUUUCAACUUGGUCUGCAACCUUCAAGUUAUUCACUUCGAUGAUUACGGCAAAGUUCUAGAGCAAGAUGCAGAUCCUUUGUUCUAUCUGAAAGAGCACCUGCAGCUUCGCCAUAAUCUCUCCAAAAUCAGCCACAGGUUCCGCAUGUUCCUUCUGCUGCUCUUCUUUUCUGUUACAGCAAGCCAGUUUGCCAUUCUAUACAAGACAACAGCAUAUAACGGGCCGAUCAAUUUCACCAAUGGUGGUGAUAUAGCUGUAUCUUCAGUUGUUCAAGUUGUCGGUCUUGUCCUAUGUUUACACGGAGCUGCCAAAAUUUCUCACAGGGCUCAAAACAUUGCCUCAAUAGCUAGCCGAUGGCAUGCUUUAGCAACAUGCUCUAGUGAUUCUACUUAUGUAAGCACCCCAAACAGCUCUGGGAACCUUGUGCCCUUUCCAGCACACAUGUUUCUGAGAGAUUAUUCAGAGAGUGACUUGGAAUCUUUGGAAAAUGGCUCAACACAAGGCAAUUCUCAUAACACAGCUCAAUUGGCAUCUUACAUGUCUUCAUACCACAAGAGAGAAUCACUUGUGCUCUAUCUGCUAACAAACCCUGGUGGUAUCACGAUAUUCGGAUGGAUUGUUGACCGUACAUUCCUCAACACGAUCCUGAUGUUCGAGUUAACCCUUGUACUGUUCGUGCUCAGCAAGACCAUUGUGAUCCCGACCAAAACGCUAGUACACAGUUUCUUGAGUUUUCAGUGAUGCUGUGCCAUCUCAAUCAUUUGGUCUUCGGUUCGGAGAGCGUACCCGACACGUAGCAGGGUUUUGGAGAAGGUGCCAGGGUCUACAUGACAUUGGCUGAAACUGGCGCCAAUAGCAGCAAAGUCGGCCCUUCUUGAAGCUCAAAAUCAUACCCUGGGUCUCGGAAAGGUUGGUGUUUCUUCAGGAUUUUUCCCGUUGAGCUUGAUCUUUGGCAAUUUCUCAUGGACACCCCUUUCCUGCUAAUGCGAAGCGAUUGCCAGAUUACAGAUUACAGCUAACAGCUCCAAUUUAUAACUGGACUGCAGACGGUAGGCUGAGGCUUGGUUGUGUUGUGUAUACUUUAGGACUGAUAAUGCCACCAUCCUCCUCCAUGUAAAGAGAUCUGGAGUUCUCUCCAUUUUGCUGUGCGUAUGUACAUGUACUCAUAUAUAUACCACCUGAUAUCCACGAGUAUUUACAUUUCUUCAGUUUUAUCAA